AUGUCUUACCUGCGUCGGUGGUUCCUCAUUUUGAACUUCAAAAGAUUGGGAAAACUUGUAUCGAAAAUGGCGUCUUUCUUUCUCGCUCUGAUCGUAUUCGGAUUCGCAGCUCAGGCCAAUGCUUGGCCAUUCCGAGGCAACAUCCCUGGCGACGACGAAGACGGUUACGGCGUCGAUCUAUCCUUAUCCUCUGUCUGCCAUCAAGCCUUCGUGGAGAACGAGAAUAAGUACGAGGAAUCGUUCGUCCACUUCAUGCUCGAGGUCAUCUGCCCAUCUCUCCUUGAUGACGACGACGAAGGGUCAGGGGAGGGGUCUGGUCACGGGCUGGCUUGGUUAGCCACGCACGGCAACGGGUUGCGGAUUUUGGGCUUUGAAGAUAUAGUCCGAGCCCUCUCCACAGACCCCGCCACACAGCAGUACCUCCGCGACACCGCCGAGCACAUCUGCGGACCCGAACACUUCGUCCACCCCGGCAUCGAGGCAUUCUGCCACUUCCGCGAAGUGGGCAUCAAAAUCAACUUCUUAGGUGGAGGAAGUGGUGAUGGGAGCGGGGAAGGUGGCACUUAUUCUAGCAGCUACAGUAGCGAUGAUGGAUACGGCUACUCUAUGUUUUCAAGUAGUUACGUGUAA